ACAACCCCUGUAGACUCAUAGAGCCAAGAGCUCAUGGUUCCCAUGGCUGUUUGCCAAGUGGUCUCUUCCACCGAAAUGUGAAUUCACUGAGAGCCUGCAGAUGUCAGCUGGCUGUCAUCCUACAGAUGGCACUGUUUUUGAAGCUAAGCUUUUGUCUAUAAUUGAUGAGACCUUGGGGAGGCAAUCAACUGAGACUCUAAGCAAUGGAAGAUGUGGAUCCUGAGGCCUAGCCGGAGGUAUAUUCUUCCGCUUAGAGAAAUGAAACCUUAUUCUUAAACUAAGUUAGUAGGCUGUCUACUCGAAUUUCCGGAAGUUGGUGUCAUUGUUCUUCCAUUAAAUGACUCAAGAUCAAAAUACCUUGUUUAACUAGGGCUUAUGAUUGCUGACUGGUUAUGCAAGAGCCUGCAACAGCGGUGACUUCUGGCCAAUCAGACAACCUCUCAGUGUGAGGACAAAAGGUUUCUUAAACAUCCAAUUCUAAGAGUUCAAUAAGCACACUACAGAAAAAAUACGGGAAAAGGGUUUUUUGUUUGUUUUUGUUCUUAUUUUUGAGUCAAGAUUUCACAUAGUUAGGACUAACUUUGAUUUUCCUGCCUCUGCCUCUUUUUUUUUUUUUUUUUCUGGAGCUGGGGACCGAACCCAGGGCCUUGUGUUUACUAGGCAAGCGCUCUACCACUGAGCUAAAUCCCCAACCCCCUGCCUCUGCCUCUUAAGUGCUGGGAUUUUUAGAUCUGCAUCAUGACCAGCUACAGAGUUUUUUUCUUCCUUCCUUCCAGGCAGGGUUCCUCUGUGUAGCCCUGGCUGUCUUAAAAGGCACGAGCCACUAUCACUUGGCUAAAAAAAGAUUAAUUUUUAAAAGUAAUUUUCAAACCCAGUUUUGAAGACUCUGGUAUAAUAAAUACAGGAGACUAAAUGUAUCACACGAAGUCUACAUCACCUUCCUAAAAACCCUCAGGGAAGCCUUAAAUAUUAUUCCACCUGAGUCUCUAAGCAUUUAUGCUUAACUGAAUGGUAGUGGAACCAAAGGAUACUGAAAAGUCCUAUUAAGGACUUUCUCUCAGCGUGCAUUUAAUUCCAGCACUCAGGAAGCAGAGGCAGUGAAAUCUCGAGUUUGAUGCCAGCCUGGUCUACAGAGCAAGUUCCAAGACAGCCAGGGCUACACAGAGAAACUAUGUCUUGGGUAGGGGGGUAUUCUAAGAACUGUGACUCUAAUCUUCAACUUUCCUAGGCAAAAUUAAUCGGUAGCCUCAAAACGAACCCUUGGGUAUGCUUAAAAGAUAAAGAAGGAAAAGCAGUUUGAAGUACUGAAGGAGAUUGACAUACAAACCUGUGUGAACUGUGGCCAUACAGUCCAACAACAGUUUUAGUUUUCUUCUCUUCAUUCUUCAUCAAAAUUAUCCUUCCACAUUUUUUCCCCCUUUCUGGCAUAGUGGUAUAAUGUAGUAACUGAACUAAAAAAAUGAAGACUAUAUAAAACUUACAUUUCAAAUGCUAAACCAACUUUUCAGAUUAUUGAUCUGACAGCGUUCAAAAAUGUCACAUAAAUUCUUCCUUAAAAAAAAAAAAAGAUACGUUUUGAGACAAGGUUUCAUUGUGUAGCUCUAGCUGUCUUGGAACUUCACUUACAUAGACCAGACUGGCCUGGAAUUCACAGAAAUCUUCCUACAUCUGCCUCCCAAGUGCUGGAAGGAAAGAUGUGUGUGACCACCAUCUGGUCCCCAGUGAAGUUUUUAAUAAAACAGGCAGUUAGUCUUUGCUAUGAGCAAACUAAAGAAAGAGGAAGUAACACCAGGAACCAUCAGAUGACUACUCGGGUAACAACAAUAGCACAAAGCUUUAAAGCAAAGGAAGGUUUCUGGCAGCAUCCCCUCCCUGGGAGGUUCUGAAACUUGUGGAUACAAUCCUCAGAAGCUCAAAUCUUUUAUACACAAUGUAGCUUUUGCACAUCCUCCAUACACUUUAAACGGAUCCCUGAUUAUAGUAUCUAUACUACUCAGUACAGUGUAAAAGAUGAUGAUGGGAAAUUGUCUCCCUGUUUACUAGCAAAGAAGCAAUCUUUUUUUUUCUGAAUAUUUUCAAUUCUAAGUUGAAGGUCCAGUUGUAGCACCGUUUAAGCCAAGUUCUACAGUAGAAACAAAGGAACUAACAUCCAACUGUGAUGAUCUAAACAGGAGUGGGGGGGAAAGAAAAAAAAAGACUCCAUGAUUAUCUCCAACACUGUGAUGAACAUUUUACUAAUCAACAGAACUCAUUAAAAUAAAAGGAUAUGCCUAACUAUGACAGAUGGUUUUCAUUUGAGCCACUGUGAAGGUAGACUUAGGCUGCUAAAGCAAGAUAAAGACCUAAAGAUUCUAGUGACCUUAAGAGUUUGAGAGAUCAACUAGGCUGUGGUGGUGCAGGCCUUUGAUUCCAACACUCAGGAGGCAAGAUGAUUUAUAUCAGUUUGAGGACAGCUUGGUCUAUGGAGAGAAACCCUGUCAGGAAAACCCCGGGUGUGGGGGGGGUGGGGGGUGGGGAGUCCAAGAUCAAAGAACUUACCCAAGCAAGUCAAAACUGUAGACAAAUAUUUUUAAAUGUGGGUAUUUGCUGUCAGAGAGUCUGGAUUUCAAACACGAUUUUGAAAUAUAGAUGCUAUAUAAUUAUUUUUGUAAAUUUACAUGUUUAUAAAAGAAAAUUUGUAAAAUAUAGAAAAGUAAAAAGAAAAAAAUCCAGUCUGCAGUCAAUCGAUGGAGGUUAGUUAGCACUUCAUGCUUUAUAGUUUGCAUCCUCUGUAGUGCCUCAGUGUCUUUGAGUUACUAAUUAUUGUUUGUUUUAUUGAGACAUGUCUCUCUGGAUUUCCCUCUGGCUUCUUUUUCUCUAGUAGCUCAGGUUGGCCUUAUAUUCUCAAUUAUUCUGCCUCUACCUUUUGAGUGCUGGGAUUACACAUAGUCUCAAUAAGUAUUUCCUUGGCAGGUUAAAAUAUGUUCUGGUUUUUGAUUACCAAGUUUUUUUUUUUUUUUUAAAUCACUACCAUGUUUUACAAUAAUCUUCCCAAAUCAAUGUGAAGGAAACAGAAAAAUAAGUGAAAAUCGAUCAUAAGCGAGAGAUUAGGGCUAAACUAGGUUACAUUAUUGAUUUUUUUUUUUAAGAUCAAAUGGGUCACGUCACCUCACUUAAAUUCAUGAGUGGCGAAUUAAAACUUAGAAAGGAGCUGCAUCCUUUUAUACGUAUGGACUCUGGAACGCUACAAUUCCCUUCAGAAAAGGGGUAGGCUUAAUAAGAAAAGUCAACCCAGCGCCGAAAUUACAAGUAGCCCACGUCACCGAGUCCGGUCAGACUGCUCCAGAGGUCUCCAUGAUAACCACAACAGGAAGUGUGCACAAACAGUAGCGUCUUCCCGGGGAGCUAAGACGCUAUUGUCCCAGUGCGCAGACGCGGUGACGUCGCCCAGGGCCGCGCAUGCGCUCACGUAGCUGCGCGCCCGGCCUAAACCCCUCACUUUGUCGUCACAGGGCAGAUGAUCAGGGUGCGUCCGCCUUUUCCCUCCCCCUUCCAUCCUCCUCCCCCUCCCCUCCCCUCGUCCCUCAAUCUUCUCCCUAUUUCCUCUCUCUCCCUCCCUGGGGCGUCUCCUGAAGACUCCCGCUUCCGGUCAGCGGCCGUCCGCAGAAGCGUGUCCCGCCUCUUCCGCCUCCCCGGUGGCGGCGCGGGUGGCGGAGGUAGUAGCGGCAGCGGCGACUGCGUGUCUCCUGUCAGGAUCGGCAGGCAGGUCCUCUGGGCGGCCCAGCUGGACGGGGCCGAGCCGAAGCCCGGGGGCCAAUGGCGAUGAACUAUAGCGCGAAGGAUGAGGUGGACGGCGGGCCCACGGGUCCUCCGGGGGGCGCCGCCAAGACCCGGAGGCCGGAUAACACGGCCUUCAAACAGCAACGGUUGCCUGCCUGGCAGCCCAUCCUCACCGCCGGCACGGUGCUGCCCACCUUCUUCAUCAUCGGCCUCAUCUUCAUUCCCAUCGGCAUCGGCAUCUUCGUCACCUCCAACAACAUCCGUGAGAUCGAGAUUGAUUACACUGGAACAGAACCUUCCAGCCCCUGCAAUAAAUGUUUGUCUCCGAAUGUGACAUCUUGUGUUUGUAUCAUUAACUUCACACUGGAACAGUCGUUUGAGGGCAAUGUGUUUAUGUAUUAUGGACUGUCUAAUUUCUAUCAAAACCAUCGUCGUUAUGUGAAAUCCCGAGAUGAUAGCCAGUUAAACGGAGACCCUAGUGCUUUGCUUAAUCCAAGUAAGGAAUGUGAACCCUAUCGAAGAAAUGAAGACAAACCGAUUGCUCCAUGUGGGGCCAUUGCCAACAGCAUGUUUAACGAUACGUUAGAGUUGUUUCUGGUUGCCAAUGAAUCUGAUCCCAAGCCUGUGCCAAUUCUUUUGAAGAAAAAAGGUAUUGCUUGGUGGACAGAUAAAAAUGUGAAAUUCAGAAAUCCACCUGGAAAAGACAGCCUUCAAGAAAAGUUUAAAGAUACAACAAAGCCAGUAAACUGGCAUAAACCAGUAUAUGAGCUAGACCCUGAUGAUGAAAGUAAUAAUGGAUUCAUAAAUGAAGACUUUAUUGUUUGGAUGCGUACUGCAGCUUUACCUACUUUUCGUAAGUUAUAUCGUCUUAUAGAGCGGACAGAUGAUUUACACCCAACACUACCAGCUGGACAGUACUAUUUGAACAUCACAUACAAUUACCCUGUACAUUUUUUUGAUGGACGAAAACGGAUGAUCUUGAGCACUAUUUCAUGGAUGGGAGGAAAGAAUCCAUUUUUGGGAAUUGCUUACAUCACUAUUGGAUCCAUCUCCUUCCUUCUGGGAGUUGUACUGCUAGUAAUUAAUCAUAAAUAUAGAAACAGUAGUAAUACUGCUGACAUCACCAUUUAAUUUUCUAUUCUGAAACCAAAUCUACUGCAUGUGCAUCAAGGCCAGUCCUGUUCAACCUAGCUUUUGAAUGCCGAUGUCUGGUUAGUAUGUCAUUUUGAAGUUGGCACAUAACAAAAAACAGCCUUUGUUCUUUGCUUCUUACAUAUGGAUGACUUAUGAAAAUAUAUGAUGGGUAUAAAAAUUAGCCAUAUUGAUUAUAUCAAUAUUAUAACUGCUAAAAUGACAUUCUAAUGUCUGCUCUUUAUUGGGACAGGCCAUGUGAUGCAUAGAGCCUCUUUCAUGUGAAAUGCGUCUACUGCUUAAACUGUUUAUGCUGUGUGGAUAACAUUAUAUUGACAUGAUGCUGUAUAUGUGUGCCUACUGUGUGAUGAAAGGGAUUAUGAGAUGUAUGAGUGUAAUGACUUGCUAACCUUUGAAAAUUUGGUUACAGUUCAGAUUGAAGAAAGACUAAAUAUAAAUAAAACACUUCAUCAUUUUCAUGUGUCGUGUGUAAAAGGCUUAAAGUCUCCCCGUGUUGAGGUGGUUCAUAUGUUCAGUUUCUCUGUUAUAAUCCUCUGAUAAUGACUUUCAGACUUUAGGUUGUCCAGCAUAGAAAUUAAUAUCUAAAGAGGUCAGGUGGGUCUUGGAUAGAAUUUUAAAUUCCUUCUCAUUUGGCUAAAAUAUUGCAUUCUGGAGUCCUGAGCUACUAGAAAUGUUUAUAUGUGAUCCAAUUCCCUGGAAGCUUCCACUUCAUAAGGGAAGAAGGGACAUAGAUGAGAUGGGACAGCUGCUUGGCAAAUCCUUUCCUAUGCCUCAACUGUAAACCAGACAUAAAUGUUCAAAGGAGACUGUUUUCAUUAUUGUGGUUUGUAGUGUUAAGAUGAUUGCUUCUGCCUUGGAAAUACCUCAAGCUGUUCUUACUUAGCAGGUAAGUGAUUUGACUUAGUAUUAAUAUUAUAUUCCAGAAAAUUUUGAAAUCCUAAUUUCUUCCAUAUUUCAUUAAAUUUUUGCAUACAGGUCAAACAAAUGUGGAUAUGUAUACACAUUCUCUUUAAUGAAGGUAAUAUUUUGGUUAAUUAUCCUAAGAUAUACCUUAAAAGAUGUUCUAUACAUUUCCUACUUAAAUUCUUGGGGAUUUGGAGUAUGUACAUGAUAGAAAAAGAUUAUAAUAUAUUGAUUGAAGUUACUUUAUUUUCUAACUAGAAUUAUUUUAAUAGUCCUUUAUUGAAUAAGUGCUGUAAUUUGUUUGCUAUGAGACUUAUUCCUGAAGUGGAUGUAAAUUAUUUUUCCACAUGCAUGAAAAUGUAUUAAUCAGAGUUGUCUCCAUUGCAUUGAAAUUACUUGUUUUUGAACUAAAGUAACUCAUAUUUAUGUAGUAGAAUGCUUGUGUUUUCAGACUUUGUAAUGAUUUCCUUUGGUUGUAUUUUAAAUCAAACAGUCUGGGUAAAUAUAUCAGUUUUGAUUAAUAUGUGCUUAAAAGAAGAAAAAAAUUCAAUGGUUCAUGGUAGAAAUGUGCCACACUUAAAUAAGCUUUGUAUGACAUGAAAUUCUGUUAAAAGCUUGUAAUUCAUGGUGACUUUUAACUUAUAAAAAUACUACUUGCACGGGUUACUUGAUUUAUGGAUAUAUAAAACCUCAGGACAAAAGUUCUUUCUCUAAAACUAUUCUUUUGUCAAUCAUUCAGAAUGCUGUUAUUCUGAAAAGUGCCCCUGUUGCAUAUGAUAGUUUACUUGGGGGAUUCUUUAUAAGGCAUGGGAUGCUGUUGCCAGUCUUUCCUGAGUAAGUGCUGGUGAAAGAGGACUACUAACUUGCCUGCAUCUGUCUCUAACUGGGGACCAAGGGGUCUGCUGAAGGAAACUGAAGAGCUCUAACAUUUCCACAGCUUGGAGAAGAUAGAAUCUUUAAAAGUACAGUUGAAGCUUGAUCAGUUUUCUAAGUGCACUGAUGGUUCCUGUCUUCCAUGGUUCCUGUCAUUUGAAACCAACUCCUGUUGUGUAUAUGAAGAAUCUGGGACUUUCAUAUUUUAAAAAAAGUUGAUGUCAUUAAGGGACUAAGUAGAAGGCUUAGAAAAAUGCAUUAAUUUGCAAGUAUUUUGGCACAGGAAACUUUCCAACUGAAAAAAUUAUUUAGUAAGCAAAAGCUGAUGUUUCUUUGAAAUCAUAAGGCAGUUUAAAAUAAACUGAAGAAAAUAACUGUGUUCUAAUAGAGAAUAAUCCAAUUAAGAGUCAAGUGAAUGUUAUUUAUUCGAUAGUAACAAAAUUUAUUUGUAAACUUAAUUAUAUUAAAAGUUAUUCUGUUAGGAUGUUUUGUAUUAAUAAACAUGAACAAAAUUAA